AUGGCGGUUCUCGUCUUCUGCGAGAACAACAGAUUGCACCUUACUACAUUGUCUGUAUCCUUUGUGAAGUCGGUCAAGUCAGCCCUGGGCCUUCUCUUGGCCAGUGCAGCUAUUGCCUCGGCCGACUGUGAGCCAAGCUCGGUUAAGUUCUGCCAAGGCACCGCACAAACCCAGAAUCUGUCCUCGACAUAUGUCUGCGGAGACUACCGUCUUGGUCCUGUCCAGCUUCCAAGCCACCCUCCAUCCGACUCUCUUCUUGAGGUCUACGAUCGCUUUGGCGGCUUGUGUCCCGGCCAGUUUCUGGCCACGUAUUACGACUCGACUGCCAAGAGCUGGAAGUAUCCCGACUUCGAGGGUUUCCAGCUGGACACGGCUGGCGAGACAAUCUCAGCUGAAAUGACAUUGCAGGUCGGCUUGCUGAUCGAUCGUUCUGGGUCCGAGUACGGCAGCUACGCAAGUCCUGCAUCCGCGCCUUACAUGCAGAGGGCUCUGCCUCCUAGCAACCUUGAUACACCGGCGAGCAACCCUGUUUUCCCGUACAACUACCACGUAUACCGCGUCAUACAGUCCUUCGAGGUGGAGGCAGGGCCCAUCGCUCCAUGGUUCGGACAACCUGGCCAGGGUGUGCAGUACAAGUUAAAUGGGACCAUUCUCUCACUGAUCAACGACGGCUUUGUGGAGAGGGUAAACAUUACCUUGGGUUAA